AAUGAAGACCGUCGGAUUAAUCGAACUUCUUCUUCCAUUCGAUUAUCCUCUCUCUGGAUUUUGAUUUUAGGGUUUUUUUUUCUGCUCAUAAACCUCACUGAUCCUCGCUCAGUGCCGGACUCCCUCAUUUAAUCUCCCUCAUCCCUUCCAUAGCCGUAAGUGAUGAGGAAGCUCAAGUUCCAUGAGACGAAGCUUAUAAGGAAAACAAACUUCUUGGAAUGGAAGAGAGAAGGUGGCCAUCGCGAAAACCUCAUCACGCGUCGUUACCACAUGGGUGGUCGUGACGAUUACAAAAAAUAUUCAGGGUUGUGUAGGAUGGUGCAGAAGCUGACGAAUGUAAUGAAACAGAUGGACCCAACUGAUCCUUUUCGGAUUCAGAUGACUGAUUUGCUCCUAGAGAAACUAUACAACGUGGGAGUUAUACCGACUAGGAAAAGCUUGGCUUUAACUGAUCGCUUAUCAGUUUCCUCCUUCUGCAGGCGUAGGCUAUCGACUGUACUGGUUCACCUGAAGUACGCAGAGCACUUGACAGAAGCUGUGACGUAUAUAGAGCAAGGACACAUUCGUGUAGGACCAGACACGAUUACUGAUCCAGCUUUCUUAGUAACAAGGAACAUGGAAGAUUUCAUCACUUGGGUUGAUUCUUCCAAGAUUAAACGCAAGGUGCUUCAGUACAAUGACAAAUUAGAUGACUACGACAUGCUUGCUUGAUUUUGAGAGAGGAGAUUAGAAAAAAACAGAUUGAUGUUUUGGAUUUACUAUUUAGUGAACAUAUAUAUAUAUUUACUUGACAUUUCUGUGAGUUGGAAUCAAAAGGCAGAAAUUUCAUCUUAAUGCAUUUUUGUAAAUGUAUCAUCUUAUAGAUGACCAAAACUGAGUGAUAAUCAUAGCAAGUUUAAAUUGA